AUGAUGAAUUCCCCCUUGUCGCCCUUGUCGCCUAGGCUGGCAUCGUCGACCGCUAAGUUAAGAAACCGUGUACCGACGCAGGUGCGAAGACUAAUACCCAUAUACGCCUUGUGUCUUUGUAUUAUCCUCGUCAUUCUUAAUGCGGAUAUACUACCGUCGCCCCACAAACCCAAUGUCUUCAAGCGCCGUGCGGCCUCGCUAAAGCCCCUGAAGGGACACGAUGGAACUGGGUUUCCCAAGAAGAUAUGGCAAAGCUGGAAGACGGACCCGUUCUCCUUUGAGGCGCGAGAUCUCAACACGGCGCGAACCUGGACCUUGAAGAAUCCCGAGUACAGGUACGAAGUAUUGACCGACUACAACGAUCUGGGCUAUGUGGAGGAGCACUUUGGCCCGGGUGGCUUCAACCGCAUGGAUAUUGUCGAGAUGUACCGCACAGUCAAUGCCACCAUUAUCAAGGCAGACCUGCUGCGCUACCUCAUCAUGUACGCAGAGGGUGGUGUAUACGCCGACAUUGACGUGGAAGACCUCCGACCCGUCCGCAAAUUCAUCCCCGAGAGAUACGAUGAAGCGGACAUCGACAUGGUCAUCGGCAUCGAGAUUGACCAACCCGACUUCAAGGACCACCCUAUUCUCGGCAAGAAGUCGCAGUCUUUCUGCCAGUGGACCUUCAUGGCAAAACCGCGACAACCCGUCAUGCUGAAGUUGGUCGAGAACAUCAUGGCAUGGCUCAACGACAUUUCUUAUCAACAAGGUGUCCCCGUUGGCGAAAUUGUCCUCAGUUUCGAUGAAGUCAUCAGUGGCACCGGCCCCUCAGCCUUCACCAUUGCCAUGCUCGAGGACAUGAACAAAAACAACCACGGGCCCAAGAUAACGUGGCAAGACUUCCACGAGCUUGACGAGUCCAAGGUCGUCAGCCGCAUCCUCGUUCAGAACGUCGAGGUCUUUGCGGCCGGUCAGGGGCACUCCGACUCGGGCAACCACAACAGCCGGGGCGCACUGGUGAAGCACCAUUACCACGCGUCAAACUGGCCCAGCCGGCAUGCACGUUUCGCCCACCCCGUGUAUGGAGAAGUGGAGCGGUGUAACUGGAAUGUCGAAUGCGUGAAAAAAUGGGAUGCAGACGUGGCUGCCUUUGCCGAGUUGUCACCCGAAGAGCAACAGCAAAAGAUGGCCGAGCCCAAGCCAGAUCUCUUAGCACCUGGAUUUCCUGCUUUACCUGCAUUCCCCCCUGCACAGCUCCCCGCGGCAUCCCCACCUGCCCCGGAGGCACCGGAUUUGCCAAUCAUACCCGAGUUACCAGCAGCGCCUGCAGCACCCGCUGAAAUCAAGGUAUGA